CAUACACUCGACCCGCCGGCGCCAGAAUCCCCGCUGAUCUCUCUCCCUCCCCAUCCGCCGUAGUCCGUUGACGGAAAGAACAACUGGCAAUUAGAAUCGCCAAGGAAUGGGUGGAGCUGAGAAAAAGAAUGUCCACAAUCGAGAAUCUCUCAAAGCUCAAAGUUCGUUCAAUAAUUAUCCCAAGUGGAAGCAAAAGCUCAGAGAAAAUUGUUACACAAGGGUACAGGAGGAUCGAACCCGCCUGCUCUGGAAAUUGAGAUCAACUCAGGCCAAAAACCACCAGGAGAUUGUCAAUUCAACCUUCCGGGACAUAGUAUCUGAUGAAUUGCAAAAAAUAAAGGUGUUGGUUGAGGACAAUGGUACUUCUAAAAUUGCCCCCGAGACUGAUGAGAUUAUCUGGGAAUAUGAUGGUCUUCACACAGCAUAUCAAGGUGAUUGUGAGGAAAUGUUGUUGGAAAUGCAAAGGAUAUUUUAUGAGGAUCUUCGGGUGGAAGAAACGAGAAAAGAACAAGAAAGAUCUAGUACAAGUUGGGAAGAUGAAGAAGAUGAUUUCCUAGCUCGUGCGGUCUAUGAUCACAUGAAUCUGAAUGAUGAGCAGGUUGCCAAGGAGGUUUGGUGUCCCAUCUGCAAGCAUGGAGAGUUGAAAGAAAACCGCCAUCUAAUUAGUUGCACUCAGUGUGGUGUUACACUUGACAGAGGCGACGAGGUUAAUCUGGAGGUACUCCAGAACAGGUUAGCUGAAGCUCAUUCCGAGCAUCUGGAUAGAGGAUGCAGAUUAAAACCUGAAUUCUGCGUUGAAACUAAAUUCGGACUGUCUGCACUUUAUAUCAGGUGUGAGCCCUGCAAAACUUUUGAAAUUGUAAUUUAGUCGCUUCAAUCCUUCUCAU